CGGCAUGCUUUAGACGGAAGCCAUCUUUCGAAACAACGCAUCCUCCCUUUCCUUCCCGCCUUGGCGUCUGGCUUAUAGGAGGUCGGAGACCGCAACACCCCCAGCCGCAAACCCUAAAACCCAGACUUGCUGAACUUUUCUCUCUCCUUGUGGAGAACCGAUCCCAUCUUCGUUCGGCUUCCGAAAGAAUUCCUCCGCCUUAAGCUCAGUUCUAUGGAGGGCGUCCAAAUCCUCUCCGUCUCCGACCUCCUCCGCGUCUCUCGCCCUCUCACAGGCGCGGCCUCCCUCCGCUCCUCCUCUUCUUCCUCUCCUCCAUCCAAAAGAUCCAAGCUCCAGUCCAUCCAAGAAAACCCGCCUGAUGCCCCUCUCCUCCUCUCCGAUCCUAACCCUAACCCGAGAAUCUUUUCGCCUCUCAAGCGCCCCGUUCUUUUAAUUGGCAUCAUCGACCUAUUUCGUGAGGAUGUUGAUCAUUGCUGCAUGUCUAGAAACCAAUGCCUCUCCUUUUCCGAUGGUUCCUCUAGGAUUUGCUGCUCCGUUCUUGACUUGGACCUCGAGAUCAUCGGCCGCGAGGUCCAUGUUCUGGCCUGGAACUUCGUUCCUUUUAAAGACAAGAAAGGAGGAGUCUUGGAGGUGAUCCGAUGGAGCCUUCCAGCAUCUGAAGCGGCAUUGGAGCUGGCUGCCUCAUUGUCAAUUCCAUCAACUUCUUCAUCCCAGGAUACCAAUUUGAUUUCGCGUUCACGUGCCUUUGGUAUACUGAGAUCAAUCAGCCCGGUCUUCAGCGUGCCUUGUGCUAAGCAGAGUCGUGAUCAGAAGAACAGUCCUUGUGGGAAUUUAUUUGAUGCUGGGGAUUCCAUUGGGUUCCUUGCUGAUGUGCUUACUUGCUCGUGCGAGCUUUGUUGCAACUCUUCAUCAAUAGCUGAUUGUCACAGCUCCGUCAAAGAAAAUACUUGCCAUUCUUUCACCAAGUCCAUGUUUGUAUACUUCCUAACGCCUACUUCUUGGUGGCGCCCAGUGCUCUGCAAACUGAUUGGAAAGUUAAUUAUUGUCUCAGGAUUGAAGAAAAAGUUAAUCUUUGUUGGAGGAAAAGAAUCAUAUGUAAUGUUCGUGACGACUGUGAAAUCUGUUGUAUCAUUGCCCCAGUUUCCUAUGAAAGUUAAGCCCCUGAUUGGAAGACCAAUGAGUCCUAGUGGUGGAGUAUAUAAAGGUGUUGUUACUGGGGUUUACAUGCAAGGAAUGGCGGUGGAGUUGGAUGGGAAGGUCUGGCUUUUAGUUACUGAUCCACAACUUGCACCACAGCAUUGCCUCAGAGUUGGUGCCGUUGUUUCUGUUCAGAAUUUUCAUUGGGUACAUCCCAAGUUUUCUUGGACCAGGAUGCUUCUGCUUGGGACUUGCACUAGAACAAGCAUUGACAUUGAGUCUUUCUCACUGUCUGAAACGAGCUGUCGUUCUAGGAGUCAGAGUCAGAGUCUUCUGGGGAAGCUUAUUGAUUCUCUGACAUUUUCUGCCAGAUUCUGGGUAUUGCUUUUGAUCUCAUGCUUUAAGAGAAAAUUUGCAAUGAUCUUUUCUGACAAGGAGAUUUUGGGUUCAAAAAAUAAGGAAGGAUUGGUUCAGACCUAUGCUUCUAAUUAUUUGCCUUCAAAUGCCUUCCAGUCUCAGCAUGGGAUGUUCAUGAACUUCUGUAAGCAUGACCAGUGUCCUUGUAGAAGUGAAUCAAGCCUAGAACCCCUUAAAUUGGCAAUACCUAUAUCUAAUUUCAUCAGCAGAUGUGAAGCAAAAUGGGUAAUGAUGCUAUCACAAAAACAGCAGGUCACAGAAAUUGUUGGGAGGAAACACUGUUUGGACCAUUUCAUUUGUGAGGGAAUAUCAAACUGCUGUAUGAUAAGGAGAAUUAUAUCAAGUGAAGAUCUAGGGUUUGUUCUGAUGGGAGCACUCAAGGUGUCUCCCUCUUCAGGGAGGUUACAAUUGGUCGAUGCAACAGGAAGUGUAGAUGUUGUGAUACCAGAUUUACUAUCAAAUAACAUUGAUCAGAAUAUUUAUGAGGUCAAAAGUUAUAAACUUGUUUUGGAAGGUCUGCCGAUGCAACUAGAUCAUUGGCAAUAUCAUUUCGAUGAACCACUCUUGUGCAGGAAUAUAUUCAAGCACUUCUCUUACAAGAGAACACUGAAUCAGUUGUCAGUUUAUGUUCAGUUUUAUCUCGGGGACACAACUUGCCUCAAUGUUGCUUCCCAUGUUCCUUCUUUCAUGGUUGGGAGUAACAAUCUCAAAAGUAGUGGCACUGAAAUGUUUCAUUUGUUGCUUGUAACUCACAAAUUUCCUGCAAAUGAUAAUUUUCAAGAUGAGGUGAUGUCAGACAGCUCAAGUUUGUUCGCUGAUGCCUUUGUCUUUCCUUAUAAUCUGUAUUUUCGAGAGACAAAUGAAGAUAGUCAACUUGCAGAAGUUAUGCAAGAUAAUCAAAAAUCAAAAUCUGAUUUUAUUGAUCACCAGAAAGACCUGACAGAAGAAUGGUCUAAGCAACCCAGACUCGUUAAUUCAUCAAGUAGAAUUCCACUUACUGCUUCAAGAAAUAGCUGUCAAGAUUUUGAAAGGAGACUUUGCAAUAUUCCUUGUUCUCAUUCAUUUACAUUCAGAAGAUCAAAUCUUCAUGGGUCUCUCUUACCUGGGUAUCUAUGUAGUGGUCAUAGCAGUGCAGUGCAAGGUUUACUUGCUAACCAUCCUGCUUCAAGGAUUUUGUUAGAAUUUAAGUCUGAUAGCUUUAGCAAGUAUCAGUUACUACGUCUAGGUGCAUAUUAUAUUCUUAAGUGUUCCAACAAAGGUCUUCUAUGUUAUGUAGAAGAUUGCGAAUGUUUGGCUCGGGGUAAAGUCCUUGUGGAUUCUCAAACAAACCUGUGGAGCCUUUCCUUUUCUUUUGAUGAGAUUAUGCAACAUGAGCCAGCACAAGAUAACUCUUCUGGAGUGUCUUCAGUCAUAGUUGGUGGAACUACAAGUUUUCAGAAUGAACUAUUAUUCCUACAGUCUUUGGAUCAAAUUCAGGGGACUUCUGAUGUCCAUCUGCAUUUAUCCGUUGGUUCAACUGAGCCAAUGAAGAACGAAAUGGAGGCAGUGAAACAUGCGCUGACCAGGUUCCUUGCAAUGUCAGGCUGCAUUCUAAGUGUGUCAUCAUGUGUUCAGAUUAUGAUGGGUGAGUUGAUAAGGCCUUCUGGGAUAACUGAUCCGCAGAGCAGCAAAUUGCUCCAAGGAAAUCAGAUAUCUCUAAAUGGAGACAUAGAGAAUGUUCACAUGUAUGAUUGCAAAUCUGGUUCUUGUAUGAGCUUUCAAUAUGUUGCCAACGGUGACCGGUGGAGGGUUUGCAAUAUCUGUAUUCAUGUAAAUGAUGAUCAUCAGAUGGUUCGGAUUCGUGGUGGUAUCAGCAGAUGUGCCUAUCCUGUUGGAAUGGGACCUGGAGCCAAUGCAACUUUCCAUCGAGUCCUUGUCACAUGCACUUCUAGCAGAAGGCCUGAAUUGGUGUUAACCCCAAUUUCUUUCAUUGUGAUCAACUCUAUAAAAGAAGUCGAUUGUCAACAUGGAAAAGAAGUAUUUCUACCAUCAUCCAGAUUGAGUAUGCUAGAUGAGAAUUUCUUGAACACAUUUUCCUUAAGUUUGAUCUCACAGAUGAAGCAAUGCGUAGACAGCAAGCUUGUUCGUUUCCGUUGCAGGGUUGUGGCCAUCCAUUUUCUGGUUCUGGAAAGCCAUCCCACUGGCUCGGCAAGGUUGCAAUCAGGUAGACAGUUCAAGAUGCCAGAAGUCAAGAUCCCACUAGCUGGUUUUGUCUUGGAUGAUGGCUCAUCCUUAAGCUGUUGUUGGGCUGAUGAUUGUCAAGCUGAGACGUUGCUUAGAUUACAUGAAACUUCUUGCCAAGCUUUCUUCUGUGGCCACAAAUUUUCAGGAAGGGCAGGAAAUAGAAACUCCCAACACACAAUUGGUAAUCAGCUCGAGAGGAUUCUAAAGAAGAACCAUAGAGUCAUCAUUAGAAAUUAUGGAGCUGUACCUGAUUUAUCCUGUUCAGAUUUAACAUUUUCUUUUGACUCGGAUAACAUAUUCAGCAACUCAGAAGAGAGACUCCUCAGGUUCAUCAUCCUUAAUGCCUGCUGCGGUUCAAUUUUGAACGUCCUGGGAAAUAAACUGGAUUCAGAUUCUUUAAAGCAGUUGGAUUCGGAGCUUCUAGAAUCGCAGGCUUCAAUUCAGUCAUUGCAAAAUGUAUGGGUAAAAGAAGUUUGGGAUGUAAAUCCUCUGAAUGAGGCUAGAAACUUGCUUCUUUGAUCUGUUAAUCAGGUAGCCUUUAAUAUUCUCUUUCAAAGGUGGAAGAAAGAUAAUAAUGGGUGGACUGAGGUUUCGUUGCAGGCAUGGUCGUAAAAAUAAAGCUUUCCUGUAAAGCAGCUUUUAUGUCGAACAGGACAACCAUUUGCUUCUACAGUCCAAUUUUGCUUUUGUCAGGGGGAAAGAAAACCUGCAAUGAACAUAAGAUUUGAGGCUGCAAAAUGGGAAAAUGGAGAGUUAUAAUGAGUUUGUGGCUGGCCCCUUCAGUUCCGUGCCAAGAACCAUCUGCAAGCAGGGUUGUGAUAACCUUGUUGCCCAACAGUUUUUGCAGGUUCUCUUAGCACUUAUGCCUGAGGUCAUUGACUCAUGAAAAGAAAAGAAAAAGGUUGAAAAAUGAUUUGUGGAGGUGAUUGGGUUUUGAUUGCCCCCAUUUAUUUUGUUUCAUGUAGAAAUUGCACUCGAUCUUUUCCUGCUAUUUAUAAUCAGACAAAGCUUGAUUUCCAAUAUGUAAGAUUUUAUUUUAAUCAGUAAAAGUACCUCUUCCGAUGAGAGUUGGAUGAUAAGA